GUCCGGAACCGCGUAUUAAUUUUUGAAGCAUCGCAAAUGUUAUUAUUUGCUGAUUAAUUCAAAAAUAUCUCUAGGUUUUCCACGUUAUGAACAUGUCAUAAAGAGUGACACAUCGAUUUUACAUAAAAGGUUCUUAGACAUUUAUCAACAAAAUGUCUAUACCUCCGUAUUUACUGGGCCCAAAUCCUUGGGCCCAGAUGAUGGCUCAACAGCAGGCUCAUGCCCAGCUGGCAGCUGCUCAAGCAGCUCAUGCUCAAGCUGCAGCAGCACAAGCUCAAGCUGCUCAUCAGGCACAUAUGGCUCAAGCUAUGGGAACUGUACCACCUUUGCCUCAAGCACCAAAGCAGCCUGAUAUUUUAUCUGAAGACAAGCUACAGGAGAAAGCACAAAAAUGGCAGCAGUUGGAGUCCAAACGUUUUGCUGAAAAGCGCAAGUUUGGCUUUGUUGAUGCUCAAAAGGAAGACAUGCCACCUGAACAUAUUCGCAAGAUUAUCAGAGACCAUGGAGACAUGAGUAGCCGUAAAUACAGACAUGAUAAACGUGUCUACUUAGGAGCUCUUAAAUAUAUGCCUCAUGCUGUGAUGAAACUGCUUGAAAAUAUGCCCAUGCCUUGGGAGCAGAUCAGAGAUGUUAAAGCACUUUACCAUAUCACUGGUGCCAUUACAUUUGUUAAUGAAAUUCCAUGGGUUGUAGAACCAAUUUACAUUGCACAAUGGGGUACCAUGUGGGUUAUGAUGAGGAGAGAAAAACGUGAUCGUAGACAUUUCAAAAGAAUGAGGUUUCCACCAUUUGAUGAUGAAGAACCUCCACUAGAUUAUGCUGAUAAUGUGUUAGAUGUAGAACCUUUAGAAGCUAUUCAAGUUGAUAUGGAUUCUGAAGAAGAUGCUGCAGUAGCUGCUUGGUUUUAUGAACAUAAACCACUUGUAGGAACAAAGUAUGUAAAUGGGCCCACAUAUAGGAAAUGGAAUUUAGCUUUACCUAUGAUGGCGGCACUGUAUCGUCUUGCAAACCCAUUACUAACAGAUUUAGUUGAUCACAAUUACUUUUACCUAUUUGACCCUAAAUCAUUCUUUACCGCAAAAGCACUGAAUAUGGCUAUUCCUGGAGGUCCCAAGUUCGAACCUUUGGUAAAAGAUUUCAGUGCUGCUGAUGAAGACUGGAAUGAAUUCAAUGACAUUAACAAAAUUAUCAUUAGACAACCGAUCCGUACUGAGUACAGAAUCGCUUUUCCGUAUUUAUACAAUAACAUGCCGCAUUACGUGCAUUUAUCAUGGUAUCACGCUCCCAAUGUGGUAUACAUCAAGACGGAAGAUCCAGAUCUCCCAGCCUUCUACUUUGAUCCCUUGAUCAAUCCUAUUUCUCACCGAAAUUCAUUGAAGACGCAAGAACCCGUCAUCGAAGAUGAGGAAGACUUCAUCCUAGCUGAAGAAGUUCAGCCCUUCUUGCCUGAAAGACCACUUUACACUGAUAAUACAGCUAACGGCAUUGCUUUAUUAUGGGCACCAAGACCAUUCAACACGCGAUCAGGAAGAACGAGACGAGCCAUCGAUAUUCCACUUGUCAAACCAUGGUACAGGGAGCACUGUCCACCUGGUCAACCAGUAAAAGUUCGAGUCAGCUACCAGAAGCUAUUAAAGUACUUUGUUUUGAAUGCUUUGAAGCAUAGACAUCCAAAGCCACAAAAAAAACGAUAUUUAUUCCGAUCAUUCAAAUCGACCAAGUUCUUCCAAACAACGACGCUUGACUGGGUUGAAGCUGGAUUACAAGUUUGUCGACAAGGUUACAAUAUGUUGAACCUACUUAUUCAUAGAAAGAAUUUGAACUAUCUCCACUUGGAUUAUAAUUUCAACCUAAAGCCCAGUAAAACUUUGACAACCAAAGAGAGAAAAAAAUCACGUUUCGGAAAUGCUUUCCACUUAUGUCGUGAAAUUCUCCGAUUGACGAAGUUGAUCAUUGACUCUCAUGUUCAAUAUCGUUUAAACAAUGUGGACGCUUUCCAACUCGCUGAUGGGUUACAAUAUAUUUUUGCUCACGUUGGGCAAUUGACUGGAAUGUAUCGAUAUAAGUAUAAAUUGAUGAGACAAAUUAGAAUGUGCAAAGACUUGAAGCAUUUGAUCUACUAUCGUUUCAAUACUGGUCCAGUCGGGAAAGGGCCAGGCUGCGGUUUCUGGGCGCCUGGUUGGCGAGUAUGGUUGUUCUUCAUGCGAGGAAUCACUCCAUUACUUGAACGAUGGCUGGGUAACUUGCUCUCAAGGCAGUUCGAGGGACGUCAUUCAAAAGGAGUAGCCAAAACUGUAACUAAGCAGAGAGUAGAAUCUCACUUCGACUUGGAGUUAAGAGCUUCUGUUAUGCACGACAUCGUCGAUAUGAUGCCUGAAGGUAUCAAACAAAAUAAAGCGAGGACGAUUUUACAACAUCUGAGUGAAGCCUGGAGAUGUUGGAAAGCUAAUAUUCCUUGGAAGGUUCCCGGACUACCAAUACCGAUUGAAAACAUGAUUCUUCGUUACGUGAAAAUGAAGGCUGACUGGUGGACUAAUACUGCUCAUUAUAAUCGUGAGCGUAUCCGUCGUGGUGCCACCGUUGACAAGACAGUGUGUAAAAAGAAUUUAGGACGUUUAACUCGAUUGUAUCUGAAAGCAGAGCAAGAACGUCAGCACAAUUACCUCAAAGAUGGACCCUAUAUCUCUCCCGAGGAAGCUGUUGCUAUUUACACGACCACUGUGCACUGGUUGGAAUCUCGUCGAUUUGCACCAAUCCCCUUCCCUCCACUAUCGUACAAACAUGACACGAAACUGUUGAUUUUAGCUCUUGAAAGAUUGAAGGAAGCUUAUAGCGUAAGAUCAAGAUUGAAUCAAAGUCAAAGAGAAGAACUUGGUUUAAUUGAGCAGGCUUAUGAUAAUCCUCACGAAGCUUUGUCAAGAAUCAAGCGUCACCUUCUAACUCAAAGAGCCUUCAAAGAAGUUGGUAUUGAAUUCAUGGACCUCUAUAGUCAUCUCAUCCCCGUUUAUGACGUAGAGCCACUUGAGAAAAUAACAGAUGCUUAUUUAGAUCAGUAUUUAUGGUACGAAGCAGACAAACGUAAACUCUUUCCACCAUGGGUCAAACCUGGAGACACUGAACCACCUCCACUUCUAGUUUACAAAUGGUGUCAAGGUAUCAACAAUCUACAAGAUGUUUGGGAUGUUAGUGAAGGGGAAUGUAACGUUUUGCUUGAGUCUAAAUUUGAAAAGCUUUAUGAAAAGAUUGAUUUAACACUGCUCAAUCGUCUUCUUCGAUUGAUCGUCGAUCACAACAUUGCCGAUUACAUGACUGCUAAGAAUAACGUGGUUAUCAACUACAAAGACAUGAACCAUACCAACAGUUACGGUAUUAUCAGAGGUUUACAGUUUGCUUCGUUCAUCGCUCAGUAUUAUGGACUUGUAUUAGAUCUUUUGGUGCUGGGUUUGCAGCGAGCUAGCGAGAUGGCUGGUCCACCACAGAUGCCCAAUGACUUCCUCAGUUUCCAGGAUGUUGCUACAGAAACAGCUCAUCCCAUCCGUCUGUAUUGCCGCUAUGUCGACAAGAUUCACCUGUUUCUCCGCUUCACAGCAGACGAGGCUCGUGAUUUGAUUCAACGAUAUUUGACUGAGCAUCCCGAUCCUAAUAACGAAAACAUUGUCGGUUAUAACAACAAGAAGUGCUGGCCUCGUGAUGCGCGUAUGCGUUUGAUGAAGCACGACGUCAAUCUUGGUCGCGCCGUUUUCUGGGAUAUCAAAAAUCGCUUGCCACGAUCCACUACCACUGUUCAAUGGGAGAACAGCUUUGUCAGUGUCUACAGUAAAGAUAAUCCAAACUUGUUGUUCAACAUGAGCGGAUUUGAGUGUCGUAUUUUACCUAAAUGUAGGACGACUCAUGAAGAAUUCACACACAAGGAUGGUGUUUGGAACUUGCAAAAUGAAGGUACAAAAGAAAGAACAGCUCAAUGCUUUUUACGAGUCGACGACGAAAGCUUGCAAAAGUUCCACAACCGCGUUAGACAAAUCCUCAUGGCUUCAGGAUCUACUACUUUCACCAAAAUUGUCAACAAAUGGAACACCGCUUUGAUUGGUUUAAUGACGUACUUCCGUGAAUCUGUAGUUAACACUCAAGAGCUGCUUGAUUUACUUGUUAAGUGUGAAAACAAAAUCCAGACUCGUAUUAAAAUCGGUCUGAACUCGAAAAUGCCUUCGAGAUUCCCUCCAGUUGUAUUUUACACGCCAAAGGAAUUGGGUGGAUUAGGUAUGUUGUCUAUGGGUCACGUACUUAUUCCUCAAUCGGAUCUCAGAUGGUCUAAGCAAACCGAUGUUGGCAUCACACAUUUCCGUUCUGGUAUGAGUCAUGACGAAGACCAACUGAUUCCUAACUUGUACCGAUACAUCCAACCGUGGGAGUCGGAAUUUAUUGAUUCGCAGAGAGUUUGGGCAGAAUAUGCUUUGAAAAGGCAAGAAGCUAAUGCUCAGAACCGCAGAUUGACCUUGGAAGAUCUUGAGGACAGCUGGGAUAGAGGUAUUCCCAGAAUUAAUACACUUUUCCAGAAAGAUAGGCAUACAUUGGCCUACGAUAAGGGCUGGAGAAUUAGAACUGAAUUCAAACAGUACCAGGUUCUUAAACAAAAUCCAUUCUGGUGGACUCAUCAGCGUCACGAUGGUAAACUGUGGAAUUUGAAUAACUACAGAACUGACAUGAUUCAAGCACUUGGUGGAGUAGAAGGUAUCUUGGAACAUACCUUGUUUAAGGGCACUUACUUCCCAACAUGGGAAGGUCUUUUCUGGGAGAAAGCUUCAGGAUUUGAAGAGUCUAUGAAAUACAAAAAACUCACCAACGCUCAAAGAUCCGGUUUGAACCAAAUUCCCAAUCGUCGUUUCACGUUAUGGUGGUCACCAACUAUUAAUAGAGCCAAUGUCUAUGUUGGUUUCCAGGUGCAACUUGACUUGACAGGAAUUUUCAUGCACGGUAAAAUUCCAACGCUGAAAAUUUCACUCAUUCAAAUCUUCCGUGCUCAUUUGUGGCAAAAAGUUCACGAGUCCAUUGUCAUGGAUUUAUGUCAAGUAUUUGAUCAAGAGCUCGAUGCUCUUGAAAUUGAAACUGUCCAAAAAGAAACCAUUCAUCCUCGAAAGUCUUACAAGAUGAACUCCUCUUGCGCCGAUAUCCUUCUCUUCUCUGCCUAUAAGUGGAAUGUCUCACGGCCAUCUCUUCUCGCUGAUUCUAAGGAUGUUAUGGAUAAUACAACUACGCAAAAAUAUUGGAUCGAUGUACAGCUCAGAUGGGGUGACUACGAUUCUCACGAUAUCGAACGUUAUGCUCGAGCUAAGUUCUUAGAUUAUACUACCGACAACAUGUCUAUCUACCCGUCUCCAACUGGUCUCCUGAUAGCCAUUGAUCUGGCUUAUAAUCUGCACAGUGCUUAUGGAAAUUGGUUCCCUGGUUGUAAGCCUCUCAUUCAACAAGCCAUGGCGAAGAUCAUGAAGGCAAAUCCUGCGUUGUAUGUACUUCGAGAACGUAUAAGAAAAGCUCUGCAACUUUACUCUUCAGAACCUACCGAGCCAUACUUAUCGUCACAAAAUUAUGGAGAGUUGUUCUGUAACCAAAUCAUCUGGUUCGUUGACGACACGAAUGUAUACCGCGUCACUAUUCACAAGACCUUCGAGGGUAACUUGACGACAAAGCCCAUCAACGGAGCUAUUUUCAUAUUUAAUCCUCGAACUGGUCAACUCUUCUUAAAAAUCAUUCACACGUCAGUGUGGGCAGGUCAAAAACGUUUGGGUCAGUUGGCCAAAUGGAAGACUGCUGAAGAAGUUGCAGCUUUGAUUCGAUCAUUACCCGUUGAAGAGCAGCCUAAACAGAUUAUUGUAACAAGAAAGGGUAUGUUGGAUCCUCUUGAGGUCCAUCUUCUUGACUUCCCCAAUAUCGUUAUCAAGGGAUCUGAGUUACAAUUACCAUUCCAAGCUUGCUUAAAGGUUGAGAAGUUUGGUGAUUUGAUUUUGAAAGCUACUGAACCACAAAUGGUCCUGUUCAAUCUUUACGACGAUUGGUUAAAGACUAUCUCAUCUUAUACCGCCUUCUCGCGUUUAAUUCUUAUUCUUCGAGCUCUUCAUGUCAAUACUGAGAGAACAAAGGUUGUACUAAAGCCUGACAAGACUACGAUCACAGAACCCCAUCAUAUUUGGCCAUCUCUUAGUGAUGAUGAGUGGGUGAAAGUUGAAGUACAGUUGAAGGAUCUAAUUUUAGCUGAUUACGGCAAAAAGAAUAACGUAAAUGUUGCUUCGCUUACACAAUCUGAAAUUCGUGACAUCAUUCUUGGUAUGGAGAUCAGCGCUCCAUCAGCUCAACGUCAACAAAUCGCCGAGAUUGAAAAGCAAACAAAAGAACAGUCACAACUUACAGCCACGACAACAAGAACAGUCAACAAACAUGGUGAUGAAAUCAUCACAGCCACCACGUCAAACUAUGAGACUCAGUCGUUUGCUUCUAAGACCGAAUGGCGUAUUCGUGCUAUUUCUGCUACAAACUUACACCUUCGAACUAAUCACAUCUACGUAUCUUCCGACGACAUUAAAGAAACUGGCUUUACAUAUAUCUUGCCUAAAAACAUUCUUAAAAAAUUCGUCACCAUAUCAGAUUUACGUGCACAGAUUGCGGGUUACUUAUAUGGAGUCAGUCCACCUGAUAAUCCUCAAGUAAAAGAAAUCAGAUGUAUAGUGAUGCCACCUCAAUGGGGUACUCAUCAAACUGUACAUCUACCAAAUAUGUUACCUAACCAUCAGUAUCUUAAAGAAAUGGAACCAUUGGGAUGGAUACAUACCCAACCAAAUGAAUUACCUCAACUAUCUCCUCAGGAUAUAUCAACUCAUGCAAGAGUAAUGGCAGAAAAUCCCACAUGGGAUGGGGAAAAAACAAUUGUAAUAACUUGUAGCUUUACACCAGGUUCAUGUUCUCUUACAGCAUAUAAAUUGACCCCGAGUGGCUUUGAAUGGGGAAAGCAAAAUACGGAUAAAGGAAAUAACCCGAAAGGUUACCUUCCAAGCCAUUAUGAAAGAGUCCAAAUGCUUUUGUCUGAUAGAUUCCUUGGUUUCUUUAUGGUACCAAAUCAAUCAUCUUGGAACUACAAUUUCAUGGGUGUAAGACACGACGCCAACAUGAAAUAUGAACUUCAAUUGGCAAAUCCAAGAGAAUUCUAUAGUGAAGUACACAGACCUGCACAUUUCCUCAACUUUGCUAGCAUUGAAGAUGGCGACGCCAUUGUUGGUGCUGACCGAGAAGAUGUAUGCAGUUAAAUAUUUGAUU